AUCCACGCCUUCCAUCAAUCAGUGCAAGCUUUCACACUCGAACUACUUUCUUGCUCCUUUUCCUCCCAGGAAAGGAAUAUGGCUUCCAUCACCUCGUCCGCUGUUGUUGCCCCAGUUGCCUUCAAGGCAACUGUUGAGGCCUCCGCAGCCUCCUCCAAGUCGGUGUCCUUCUCCGGCCUGAAGGCUGGUGUUGCCGGCCCCAACGGCCUGGCCACCAAGACCGUCUCCAACGGCAGCCGCGUGUCCUGCAUGAAGGUGUGGAACCCCAUUGGCAACCCCAAGUUCGAGACCCUGUCCUACCUUCCCCCCCUCACCGACGAUCACAUCAUCAAGGAGAUCCGCUACAUGCUCCAGAACGGCUGGAUCCCUGCGAUUGAGUUCGACCCCAGCGGUGUUGUGUACAGGGAAAACAACAGCGGCCCCGGCUACUAUGACGGCCGCUACUGGACGAUGUGGAAGCUGCCCCUCUUCGGCUGCACCGAUGCGUCCCAGGUUCUCAGGGAGAUCAACGAGUGCAAGUCUUCCUACCCUGGUUGCUUCAUCCGCGUUCUGGGCUUCGACAACGUGAAGCAGGUCCAGUGCAUGUCCUUCAUUGUCCACAAGCCAUAGAUUGGCAACUAUUUGUCGAUGUAGCUUUCUAUAACUAAACAACUUGUAGCACCUCGUGACUUAUUCCACGUGGUAGCUUGAACCAAAAUGAAUACGUGAAACCUUC